AUGUUCCUUUUUCGGAUCAUCCCUCUAAUUCUCAUAUUUCAAAAUAUUUAUUCCAUCAAUCAAAAUGCUCUCGAGAAAAUUUUGAUUGCUGAAAACCAAGACACUGCCGAAGAGCGGGAAGAAAUUCGUGAGAUAGUUCAAAAGGCAAUGAGCAAUUUUGUGCCUCGAAAAAUGGGUCGACAAUCGUUGACAGCAAAAAAGGUUUGCAAAAAUUUCGCUCCCGGGUGGGCUCGAACCACCAACCUUUCGGUUAACAGCCGAACGCGCUGCCUAUUGCGCCACGGAAGCAGGCGAAAAUCUAUUCAAUUUUUUUCGAUAUAAAACUUUUGCAGAUAACAGAGAAACGAGUGUACAAAGGGCCGAGAAAUAAUAACACAAAACAUUUGGAGAAGAUCAAUGAAAAAAUAAAUGGUAUGAUUGAAUUGGAAAAUUGAACAUUUCUUGAAAUGUUUUUUUUUAAUUUUAGAAUAUACUUUCGAAUCGGAUAUUAUGCUAAACCUUGGACAAGCAAAACAUAUUGCAGAAUCUUUGGAAAAGGGAGAGGGAAGAGUAAAAAGACAAGCAAUUAUUGAUAAAAGUCUUUUUUGGGAUGUUAAAAAACCAAUUUACUAUCAAUUUGAUUCAAAAUUGAGUUCUUCAAAUAUUGCAAAUGUUCGGAAAGCCAUUAAAUUCUGGAAUGAUAAUUCUUGCCUCUCUUUUCAAGAAAGUUCAACCGGAGCAAAUCGACUUUAUCUAACUUCUGCUGGAGGAUGUUGGUCUUAUGUCGGAAAACAAUCAUCGAAUUAUCAAUUGGUGUCAGUUGGACCAGGAUGUGAUAGUGUAAGAUUUCUACAAAAGCUUCCUAGAGCAUUUUAAAUAAUUCCAGCUUGGCACAGCUUGUCAUGAACUUGCUCACGCUCUUGGAUUUUGGCAUCAACAAUCUCGAGCUGAUCGUGAUGAUUAUGUUUUUAUCGACUUUUCGAAUAUCCAACCUUCACUUCAAUAUAACUUCCAAAAAAUGUCAUUGAAAGAAGCACAACUUCUCGGGCUACCGUAUGACUAUGGAAGUAUAAUGCAAUAUUGGCCAUGUUCGAAAAAAAAAACAAUUCUGGGAUUUCUUUUGUGGAAUACAUAUUUUUACAGAUUCAUUUGCAAUUGAUUCAAGUCAACUAACAGUCUACGCUAAAAAUCAACUAGAUGAAAAUAGUUUGGGACAACGCGAAGCACCUGCAUUUUCAGAUAUCAGAAUGGUUAACACACUUUAUAAUUGUACUCGUAAGUUUAAAAAAUACAAACUUUUCAUAGAACUUUUCAUUUCUAGAACAAUGCUCUUCACAAUUGCCUUGCAAAAACUCGGGAUUCACCGACUCACGGAACUGUCAGAAAUGCAAAUGUCCUCACUAUUUCUCUGGACCUCUUUGCGACGGUUUGGCUCAAGGAUCAGCUCAAAAUUGUAAUGGAGCAAUUAUUAAAGCUAACUCAACAUGGACAAGUUUUAAUGGACUUGCUGGAGAUCCAAACAGUUAUUCUUCUUCAAAUAAUCCAACUGAUUGUUUCUGGCAUAUUAAAGCAGAACCAGGACAGAAAAUUGAAAUGAGAUUGACAAAAUCAUUGCAAUCCUCAAUUUGUAUGGAACAAUGUCCAUGGCAAUCUAUUGAAAUUAAUAUGGGAAAAUUCGAUGUUUAUGGGUGGAUGUGAGUUUUAGCUGUAAAAUAAUGUGAAAAAAACUGAAAUAUUUUUUUUCUAGAAUCUGCUGUUCAACCUAUAACAAUAAAGUGUUCACUUCUCAAUCAAAUCUUAUUGCAAUUCGCGGUGUCCUCAAAUAUAAUCAAAUCAAUUUCAACAUUGAAUAUCGUGCAAUCGGUCAAGCUGAUUCUUCAAAUCCAACAACAACAUCAGCCAAACCGCAAACUUGUCAAUGA